CUUUGACAAGAGCCCGUACACUACUGAAAUCAUAUAGACUUGUGAACGACUUGGUUUUGGUUAUUCUAUAAAAUUUCGGAUUUUCAACCAACAUAAUGGCCCAGGUUGCAAAGCGAGAUAUUGGAUUUUUGACGAAAAUUUUUAGAAAUGUCAUCUUAGGCCGUGAUCAUAAUUCGGCAUUGAGAUUCGAACCUGAAUGUUCAGCACGUGAUCAACCACCGCCAAAUAUUCCCGAUGGCCCAGCACACAAAUUAUCAGCAAAUUACUAUGAGAGCCGUGAUCCCCGACGAGAAGUUGCUCCACCAAUUGAUCUAACACAAAAUUUGCUUGGCUCCGGUGAAUUGGGUGUUGCUAAAACCGGAACACGAAUUGCAGGAGUUCCUACACCUGGCAAAACUUAUCAAUGGGACUAAAUGUUAUGUAAUUUUCUUUCCGAUUCAUGUAUGAAUAUAGUAAACUGAUGAAUGUGAAAUAUUGAAAUAAAUGAAUUUCCAAUUUAAA